AUGUCAAAUUCUAAAGGCACCAAUAUUAAAGUUUUGGUUCGUGUGCGGCCGCUUUUGCCGCGUGAAGAAGCCCUAGAAGAUGAGUCUUCCAAGCAAUGUUUAAUCACAAUGCCUGUAGAGAGUCCUAUGACUACGAUUCUAAAAGUACCAACCACAUCUACUUUCCAUUCACAAAAGAAUAAACAAAAUCGUCCAGGGUCGCCUUCAAUUUCAGAAGAAGAAUUCAAAAAGUACACCUUUGACGAGUCGAUAUGGUCUUUUGACAGACAUCAGGAUAACUUUGUAGACAACUCUGCCUUCUAUGAGAAAACAGGGCCAGAUAUCAUUAACCACUUUUUCCAGGGUUACAACGUCUGUCUACUAGCAUAUGGACAAACGAGUUCAGGUAAAACUCACACGAUGAUGGGCAAUAGAAACGACCCUGGCCUUAUACCUUUGAUCAUUAAAGAUAUUCUUGGUCAAAAAGAGCUAUUAAUUAACGAGAAAAUCAAUUGCGAAGUUAAGAUUUCGUAUAUAGAGAUUUAUAACGAGCAGGUUAAUGAUUUGCUUGGAUCAGAAGAAUCUACCAAAUGCCGCGUAAGAGAACAUCCCAUAACAGGUCCGUAUGUGGAAAAUGUGAAAGAUUUCAUUGUUAAUGAUUACGACGAUUUCAAGAACUUGCUAAACAAGGGCAAUUUAAAACGGUCUACUGCCUCAACCUCUAUGAAUGACAAGAGUUCUAGAUCACAUGCAAUAAUAACAUUGACUCUUAAGCAGACCAAGUUUGCUGACGCGGAUUCGUCGUUAGAUAUUGGUGAUGCUGAUGAGGAAAUGGUGUCGAACAUUAAAUUAGUAGACUUAGCAGGCUCUGAGCGUUUGGCUAAAACAAAAGUGUAUGGACAGCAGGACAGAAUAAAGGAAGGAACUUUAAUCAACAAGUCUCUAAGUGUAUUGGGAAGAUGUAUAAACUUACUCUCUGCCAAUUCUUCAAACCCAAAUUCCAAACCAGCACUUGUUCCUUACCGAGAUUCUAUUUUGACAUACCUUCUCAAAGAGAAUUUGGCAGGUAAUUCGCGUAGUUUUAUGAUCUUCUGUGUUUCACCUAUAGACUUUGAGGAAACGUACCAGACCCUUAAUUACGCCACACAAGUCAAAACCAUCAAAACAGCAGCCAGGGCCAACAAAACUAAGUUGUCCACAAUUCCUGUGCAAUGGGAUUUGUUGCGUCAAAGUGAUCAGGAUGCUAUCACUUCUCUUAAACAAGAGGUCCAAGAAUUAACCGACAAAUUGAAAAGAAUGGAAAGCUCGGAACAGACGCCAUCGCUGGCGAGCGAUAAUUUCAAUAAGCUAAUAAACUACUUGGAAAACGAGACACGCAGACUUAGGUUUGAGAACAAGUAUUUGAAAAAUCAGUUGAAUAAGAAAGAUAAGGAAGUCGAAGAGCUCAAUAAACAUGUCAACUACAUCGAUCACGAAUUUGACGAAUUUGCCUUUCAGAUUCAACAGAUCCAAAGUGACAGUGUUAGUCAAGAGAAGAAUCAUUUACAAGUGAAUUGUCAGACGACGGUCGAAGAGCUUGAGAAAGAACUCGAGAUGUUUGACCCCGUUAGGGCAUUUUAG